CUGGGGAAGACGAGAACGGAGAUGCUCCGAACAUCACACAUCGCCUCGACUUCGUCCGAGUCCUGCACCGACACAAGUCCCGUCCCUCACCUCCUGGUCGUGCGCUGGCCGUUUCCGCCGGAGUUUGGGCUCCGAGUGGCGGCUUGGACGCGCCGCAGAGCUUCGAUGGACGGCAGCUGAGCGCGGCUUCAUCCGAUGCUGGGAGCUUCGAGGCGUCAGGCGCAGGCGCGGCGCCGCGGCUCAGCGCUGAGCCUGGGCGUGGCGCUUCGCGGCCACGGAAGAGGGUGCGACGCAUGCGAUUUCUUGUAGCUUCCAGCUACUAAUAGCGAUGCACUUGCUACUAGUAGCUUCUAGCUAGUAGUAGUGCCCUUGUUACUAGUAGCUUCUAUAGACUCAUGCGAUUUGUUCUCCAUUGGUUUGGGAGUUUUUGGGUUUUGGUUCGGUGUAAGAACUGGAAGACGCUGACUAGUCUAAUGCCUCUUCAGUCCUUUCGUCUUCGCAGUGUGAGACGCCUGGUGUGGUUCGUACGUACAGUAUAUUAUUGUGUUUGUUUUUCAAUAUACACAAUAAUAUUAUGUACGUAUAAAGUAUAGUAUAUUAAAAUAUAGUACAGUAUAUGUAUACCCUAGAAGUCCAAAAGACUAUAUUUUGACCGACCGAGUUCAAAAGCAUCUUCCUUUUCACUCGGGUCACCUAGUCAGACCAUUCUUUUGAUCGUCGACUUGACUCGCAACUGUGUUUGUUUUGCCACGAGAAACGGGCGAGACGAUGAGGCGAAUCGUGUUGAUCCUUGCGACGACAAUGACCUUCGCCACGACGUCGUGGAGCUUCACACCACGACCGACCGGCGGUGUCGGACUUCAGGCGGUUCGCCGUCCAGUUCGGAUGGGCCACGCGAGAGCCGGGCGGAGAUGGGCCCGAGAGGAGUCGAGGAUUGCAAGGCCUGGCCUGGGCGAGUUGCUUCCACUCUGUGUGGCUGUGGCACCAGCACUGGCAUAUCAGCUGGUAGGACCCGAAGAUGGACGGAGAGCUCGUGUUGCUCCACCUGCAGCGACCGAGUCUCAUGACAUCCUGGACAGUAUCAUCCGAGUUGGACUGCAGCCAGAUCUUCUCUUGAGGCUGCGGAAGCCCUUGACCUUUCUCAACUUCAUCUCGGCGGCAGUCUUCAUCUUCCAUUUCUACUUCCUUCCAGGCGGCAGCUUGGUGCUUCCCAUCGAACCCUUCGUGGCCUGUACCUUCUUCCUUGGCAUUUUGCUAGCGCAUCGCGUCACGAGGGCGACGGAGCGCUUUCAACGAGGGCAGCAAGCAUGGAGUGACCUCGUGAACGUCACGAGGAACCUCAAUCGGCAAAGCCAUGUGUGGGCAGAUCGUGAGAGCUUCAUGGUCUUCUCACAUUGGCUUCCAGCGUUCCCAGCGGCAUUGCUUUGGGACCUACGAAAGCUGGAAGAGGAGGAGUUGGAGCUGGUCCUGCAGCGCUCGAAGGGUCCAGGGUCUUUCGAGGCCUUUGAUGGAGGCAUCACCGAGCGCGAGAUCGCCCAGGUUCUGACCAGGCCACCGGGCAUGUCUGCUGCCAGCUUCGUCCUACGAAAACUCCAGGUCUCUGCCUCGAAGCUGAAGUUGCCGGAGGGGGAGGAUGCGGUCAUGCAAGACGCCCUGACCCAGCUCUCGGAGGCGGCGGAGACGUGCGAAAGCUCGCGCGACGAGGCAGUUCCGGAGAUCCUACAAGAAUCUGCUAGAUGGCUCUUUCUUUGGCUCGCGGUGCUGCCCUUCAUCUUACCGACGCAGCUGCAGGUGGGCGUGGUUCUGGCGCAGCAAGUCCUGGCCUUUGGGCUGCUAGGCAUAGAAGAUGUUGCCAUUCAGCUUGAGGAGCCCUUUGUGCUUCUUCCAAUGGAAGGGCCUUGCUCAGCUUUGGCGAAGGAGUGUCAGGCACUGCGAAGCAACUGGAGAAGGAUGCGCAAGGGCUCCGAGCCGCGCAAGAUGCCGGCGACCCCGCGGAAGUAUCCUGUGCUAUUUCCUCGACAUGAUCGAAUCUACCCUUGCUACGAGGAUGAGUCGAAGCCUGGAGAGGAUGAUGAAGUGAUUCUGCUCUAAACCUGUCGACUCAACGAAUGGCCAACCCAUCUCGGCAACCCUCAACCUGACCGACUGGCUGCUUCUUCCUCGUCCGUCGAGGACGUGGAGCAAAGCACAGGACUGGUGGCGUAGACAGCGCCGGGCACCGCACGCGGCAGAGGAUGGAAAGCGCUGCUGAAGUCGCAAGACGUGUCGACCGGUGGUGUGGGAAGUUGGACGAAAUGCUUCUGGAUGAAACGAUCAAGGCAUGGUGGAAUUUGUGGCAAGGCAGAUGGGCAGAUGUUCUAAUCACUGAAGGGCAUGCGAGCCUAUGAGCCUAUGAGCUACUCAGUUCUGCUGGCAGCACCUGGUGGCACCCCGUUCUGCAGCUGCCACUGGCAAGAUGGCGAUCCUCGAUGGCGAUCCUCACGCUUUGCCCUUUCAGACUGCCAGCGUGGUCAACCACGCUGGCAGGUGCAUGUUUUCUGCGCCCUUUGUAGUGAUGCGGGUUGGUAAAGCAGCAGUCAUUGACAGCUGCAAGGCACCGCGCAGCUUGGCAGGUUAAAUGAAUGGAGAAGCGCUCUCUGCGUAGUGUCGAACAGAUCUGUGUUUUCGGGAUGUGCCCUAUCACAGCUUCUGCCACUCCAAUGUGGACAGCUGGGCUAAUGGGCUAUCAUCACAGGCCACUUUGGGUGCGCUGGAGACGCUCGCAGACCUCGCAGACCGAGGCAUCGGAGGGAAGCACUGUCCUGUCCGAAGUGAAGCGUUCCGGAAGUGUGCAGAACACGGGCGUCCUUUGCAGCACUUCUGAGCUCCAAAAGGAGUGCUUGAUCACAAACAUGGCUUCAAAAGGGAGGGCAUGCCGCUGCAAAACAUAUAGCUUGCAAGAUGCUUUUUGGCCAUUUUGGUGCGAAUUCC